CAUUAACAUAUAAACUCCUUGCACCUGGAUCCAUACGAUCAUUGACAACUGCCCUCUGAUAUUGAAGCCCCGUCCUCGUCCACCGUAUCACUCGGCUCCACUUCCCAAGGGCCGAGGAAAAUCAAGCCCAAAUCUUCCAGGGGAUUCUUCCAGCUGAUCACAACACAACGUCUAUACCGUCCACCGGGUGACAGAUCGGUUCCGGCUGGUUCCUGGCAGAUCGCUUGGCACGACGCCGGCCGCAGAGCCUUCAAAUUGCGUGAGCGUGCAUGUGCUGCUCACAAGGGGAGAGGGAGAGAGAGAUUGGUGGCUGCCGUGCGUGCUCCUUCGCUGGAAAAGGGACGCAGGUCACCUGCUUCUUCGUCGUCUCCUUCUUCUUUUCUAUUACCAGGGACAGGGAGGAGGGAGUAGAUAGGUAGAUUGGAGCGGUUCUUGGCUUCCACUCGAGCCGCCCUUCGCCUCCGAUCUGCUUCGGUUCUUGGUCGGCUUCGGGCUUCUUCUUCCCCUCGGCUGCUCUUCUUGAGAGGGAUCGGUGAGACCAGACUCUGUGCGUGUCUUUGUUGGAGAAGAUGUCGGGGGCUGUUUUUGUCGCAAUAGCGGCUUCCAUCGGCAAUCUGCUUCAGGGGUGGGACAAUGCCACCAUUGCAGGUGCUGUUUUGUACAUAAAGAAGGAAUUCAAACUAGAAAGUGAACCCACUGUGGAGGGAUUGAUUGUGGCCAUGUCACUCAUUGGUGCCACUAUCAUCACAACAUUCUCUGGGCCGGUAUCAGACUCGAUUGGCCGGCGCCCUAUGCUCAUCCUCUCUUCAAUUCUGUACUUUCUCAGCAGCCUCAUCAUGCUAUGGUCCCCAAAUGUCUAUGUACUAUUGCUGGCACGUCUUAUAGAUGGAUUCGGUAUCGGCUUGGCUGUCACUCUUGUGCCUUUGUACAUAUCAGAAACAGCUCCUGCAGAGAUUAGAGGUUUGCUGAAUACACUGCCACAGUUCAGUGGGUCAGGAGGGAUGUUCUUGUCAUACUGCAUGGUUUUCGGGAUGUCACUGUUGCCAUCACCUGAUUGGAGAAUUAUGCUUGGGGUCCUCUCAAUUCCUUCAUUGUUCUUCUUUGGACUGACAAUAUUUUAUCUGCCGGAAUCCCCAAGAUGGCUUGUCAGCAAAGGGCGGAUGGCAGAGGCAAAGAAAAUAUUGCAAAGAUUACGUGGGAAGGAUGAUGUCUCAGGCGAAAUGGCUCUUCUUGUUGAAGGAUUGGAGGUCAGUGGGGACACCACCAUUGAAGAGUACAUCAUUGGCCCUGCUACUGAGCCAGCUGAUGACCAUGUCGCUGAUGGUGAUAAAGAACAAAUAACGCUAUAUGGGCCUGAAGAGGGCCAAUCAUGGAUUGCUCGACCUUCCAAGGGACCCAGCAUGCUUGGAAGUGUGCUUUCUCUCACAUCUCGUCAUGGCAGCAUGGUGAACCAGAGUGUACCCCUUAUGGAUCCUAUCGUCACGCUUUUUGGUAGUGUCCAUGAGAACAUGCCUCAUGCUGGAGGAAGUAUGAGGAGCACACUGUUUCCGAACUUUGGUAGUAUGUUCAGCGUCACAGAUCAGCACCCCAAAACCGAGCAGUGGGAUGAGGAGAACCUACAUAGGGAUGAUGAGGAAUAUGCAUCUGAUGGUGCUGCAGGUGACUAUGAAGACAAUGUCCAUAGCCCACUGCUAUCCCGACAGACUACAAGCAUGGAAGGGAAGGACAUUGCACACCAUGGUCACCGUGGAAGUGCUUUGAACAUGAGAAGGAGAAGUCUCUUGGAUGAGGGCGGUGAGGCAGCGAGCAGCACUGGUAUUGGUGGGGGAUGGCAGCUCGCAUGGAAAUGGUCAGAGCGAGAAGGUGAGGACGGUAAGAAGGAAGGGGGUUUCAAAAGAAUCUACUUACACCAAGAGGGAGUCCCUGGCUCAAGAAAGGGCUCGGUUCUUUCACUUCCUGGUGGAGGUGAUGCUCCUGAAGGUGGUCAGUUCAUACAUGCUGCUGCUUUGGUCAGCCAGCCAGCACUUUACUCAAAGGAUAUUACGGAACAGCGCAUGGCCGGUCCAGCCACAAUUCACCCAUCGGAGGUAGCGACCAAAGGUCCAAGCUGGAGAGAUCUGUUUGAACCUGGUGUGAGACGUGCCCUGUUAGUCGGUGUUGGAAUUCAGAUCCUUCAACAGUUUGCUGGAAUAAAUGGGGUUCUCUACUACACUCCGCAAAUUCUUGAGCAAGCUGGUGUGGCAGUACUUCUUUCCAAUCUUGGCCUCAGUUCGGCAUCAGCAUCCAUCUUGAUCAGUUCUCUCACUACCCUACUAAUGCUCCCUAGCAUUGGAUUGGCCAUGAGACUUAUGGAUAUUUCUGGAAGAAGGUUUCUCCUACUAGGCACAAUUCCAAUCUUGAUAGCAUCUUUAAUUAUUCUGGUUGUGUCCAAUGUUAUCGACUUGGGUACAGUGCCCCAUGCUGCAUUCUCCACAGUUAGUGUCAUCAUCUACUUCUGCUGCUUCGUCAUGGGCUUUGGUCCCGUCCCCAACAUUCUAUGUGCAGAGAUUUUUCCAACUAGGGUUCGCGGCCUCUGCAUUGCCAUUUGCGCCUUGGCAUUUUGGUUUGGAGACAUUAUUGUCACCUACAGUCUUCCUGUGAUGCUGAAUGCUAUUGGCCUAGCAGGUGUGUUUGGCAUAUAUGCAGUUGUCUGUGCGAUUGCCUUUGUGUUCGUCUUCCUUAAGGUCCCCGAGACUAAGGGCAUGCCCCUUGAGGUCAUCACUGAGUUCUUUGCAGUUGGUGCAAAGCAAGUGGCCGCAAAGGCCUAAUUCCUUGGCAACUUGCUUGCGACUUUUGCACCGUAAAUUUACAAAUUUGAAGAGAUCUCACCAAGAGGCUUGGGAAACUUUUGAUUUGUAAAUGAGACAAAGAGUACAUCUGUCCAUGCUCCCUAAGCGACAGAAAGAGUACAUCAGUGGCAAAGAACAGAUUUUGAGUAGGAAAACUCCAUGUCAUUUACCAUCAGUUGCUGUUUAUUAGUACUGUAUUAGGUAUGUUGUUAUUCAUCCAUGGUUGUUGGUAUUGAUGUUUAGAAUAAAGUUGAUGAUCUGAUUCGGAGGUGCUAUAUUGAAGUCCCAAAUAAAGAAUGUUUUUCAUAUCGUCUUGGAAUA